AGCUGGAUGAGAAGGAAAUGCGACGAGAGAUAAGCUAUGCGAUUAGGAACAUACAUGCAAUCAGGGUGGGACUGUUCACGCCGGACCUCGCAUUCGAGGCGAUAUGCAAGAAGCAGAUAACACGUCUGAAGGAGCCGUCGCUGAAGUGCGUCGACAUGGUCAUCCAGGAGCUGUCCAAGGUCAUACAGAAGUGCGGCGAAAAGAUGGCGCGCUACCCGCGGCUGCGCGAGGAGGUGGAGCGCAUCGUCAGCGGGCACACCCGUGCGUGCGAGGAGACAUGCAAGAACCAGGUGGCGCUCAUGAACAACAUGCAGCUCGCCUACAUGAACACGAACCAUGAGGAUUUCAUCGGCUUUGCCAAUGCCUCGGCCGGGACCGCCGUCGACCCGACCCAUUCUAAAAAACUCGGAAACCAGUCGGCAGAGCUAAACACGAUCAGGAAGGGCUACAUGUGCAUCCACAACCUCGGCUUCAUGAAGGGAGGGUCGCGAGACUACUGGUUCGUCCUCACGUCUGAGUCUCUCGCCUGGUUCAAGGACGACGAGGAGAAGGACAAGAAGUUCAUGCUUCCGCUGGACAACCUGAAGCUACGUGACAAAGACGCUGGUUUUAUGUCCAAGCGCCACAUGUUUGAGGUGUUCAACGUGGAAGGCAGGAACGUCUACAAGGACUACAAGUCUCUCGAACUGUCCACAGAGGAUCUGGACACGCUGGACAGCUGGAAGGCUUCCUUCCUGCGCGCCGGGGUCUAUCCCGAGCGGGAAGCGACCGCGGAGAGUGACACCGUGAGUGUCCGGAGAGAUCCCGCUUCCCCGCGUCGCCCUCCCCUUUUCUUUUUCUGUCAAUUUUUUCCUGAUGUUCCUUUUGUGACCCAAGAACAUGUGUAACCUGUCGUAUCUUAA